AGUUCAAGGUCGUUACGCUCAGCCGUACUCGAAUUGCUUUAGGGGGGAUGUUCGAUUUCAGGCUUGUUUCUGUCUCACAAUAUUCACAACAUCUACCGUUUUCCACCUAUCUACAUAGCGUAUUAUUGAAUCAAAAGUAGGGUCUUCCUCAUUCAUAAACUGGUUUUUGUUUGCAACUGCCAAAUGGUAGAGAUUUAAGUCUUCAGUCAUGUGUUACCAUGUUAAAUACAUAUGCAUAUGUAUUUAACAUAAUUAUACUAAUUAUUAUCAAUAAUAAGUAAACUGUCCUGAACAUUUUCACAUAUAAUUUCACUUAUGACUUGCUUCAGCUAUAGGUCCGAGUCACUAAACUGGUAUAUUGUUUCCCAUCCAGACAACCAAAAAGGGGAAAUAAAGGCGAACAAAGGGGAUGCAUCCCCAGCUUUUUAGACAUUUUCUCUUUUUAUACUGAUUGACAUCAAAAUUUUCAUUUAAGAGUAUGCAUGUUUUUAAAUCACACACUACAAUCAUUUUCGGAGGUAUGCGCUAAUUGCCUCUUAGUUACAGUCUAAUAAUGUGUCAGUUUCUAUGCUAAUACGUGUAUAUAAAAGUAGCCCGUUAAUUAUAACUUGUAUUUUCUAAGCUUCUCGAAAGUCUUCCAUUUAGGACUAAUAGUACAUCUCGAGUAUACUGUUGGAAAAUUUAAGUAAUAAGACCUUAUAUUUGUUGAUGCAGUCGUCAGUCUAAAUCUACCUCUCAACCAUGGUUCCUCAGUGCGGACUGACCUGCUUUUAUUCUGAUGCUCUAAUUAUUGUGCAAUGAACACUGACUAAUCGAUAUAUUUUUGUUUAGAGUAUGAGAUACUUGCUCAGUUAUUAUGAACGUAGUGGCGAAAUCAUGUUGACUCAAUUAUUAGAGACUUUAACAUGUUACCGAGGUCCGCGUGACUAUCGUAGCCAAUGGUUGGAGAUUCUGGGUGACAUGGCUCAGAAUCGAUCACAAUGGCGUCGGUGUAUACACUCUCUGUCUUCCUUUAAACUAAGAGAUUAAAAUCGCUUCAUAUCUUUCUUCCUACGAUUUUUUUCUUCCUGUACUAUAUCCUUAUUGCAAUCUUUCUUUUUUAUAUUACCACCUCUGACAUAACUACUUUUAUGAAUCCGGUGUCCAUCUUGUUGUGUUAAUGAGGUAUAGCAACUUGGACCGAUGUCUCGUACUCAUUUUCAGUGUGAAGGUCUUAGACUUAGCCAUGGUGUUAAUCUGGCUGUAAGGAGUUAGGUGUACAGCGGGUCACUGGAGUCAGUUCCGGUUCUUAACUGUGGAACGUGACCUAUUCUAAGUAAAGGCGUUUGAUUACUGUGAGUUUCGUAAUCGUUGUUCCCGAAGGUUUGCUUACAUUAACAAAAACAAUAGUAAGUUAACGUCAAAUAGUAGCUAAAUACUUUUAUAUUCAAUCCCUGUUGUGCCAAGUUUGUCAUAGUUUAGUUUUUCAUUUGACCUCCUGUAACUUGCCAUGCUUUUCCUAUAACUAGUAGUUUGAGUGUUAACAUUUAAUUGUUUAAGGAUUCAAGUAAUUGAAUAACAGUACCUUCAUGUAUUUCAUAGUGUUUUACAGAAGUUCUAAUUAUUAUUUUUUACUUUUUCAACGUAUUUCUUACAGAUGAUUUAAUAAUUGUUCGGAAUAUCAAAAGUCUCAUGUCCCUCUCAUCAGACCGCGCAAAAUGUCUUGCAGUUACUUUCUGUCAGCACGUGCAACCGUCACGCUUUGCUUUACAUGUGUUUGAUUUGUUUAUUUCCUUCAAGUAUAUCAACGUCACACAUCAAAAUAAUUCAUGGCUUUCUCAAGCUAUCCAAAACUGUUACCUUAUUGGUCAUGUUGAACCAUACUUAUUAUUAAUAGGUGGAUCUUCCGCACAUUUGCGAACCAUAAAGUUAUCGUGGGAUAGAGGUCAACUUAAAUCUCCUUUUGGUUUUUCAAUCAACUCAGUGUCAGAUGCAGGUUCUUGGUUUUUGGAGACUUCUCAGUUUAAUGCAAUGCGUUUGGAGGAAGUUAUCUGUCAACUAGUUUGGCAAGUUACACAAUCUGAACCUAGUUGUUCAGUGGAACGUCUAGUCAAAUAUCUUGAAGACGUAUAUCGUGGCAUACAGCUUCCUGUCCCUUCACUAAAUGAUGUGAAUAAUUCUUUGGCCGUCUUAACUCAAGCUGGAGCGAUAUAUUUUAGCGGUCACGGAUACAAUCUUCUGACCCCUGAAAAGUUAGCCGUUGCAAAAUGGCUUGAAAAUGUACCUGAAACAUGUACAGACACUGAAAGUGUCUUGGAUUACCCAGUUUUAAAAACAGCCCCUCUAGCAGAAACAGAGCCAUUUGGACGAAAUGCAUCCUUAUCUGAUCCAGUUAACCGUUGUGAUCUUGUUCAAAAGAACGAUCAACUUCGUAAUGCUAAACAUAAAAUUGGAAAUUCUACAUAUUAUCGAAAUGCUAGUGCUCUGGUGCCAGUUCCCGAAAAUCUAGAACUAGAACAUUUGCUCAGGUCUUUCAGUGCUCAUUCCAUAAGUUCAUAUCACCUUCGACGUAAUCACAUAAAUAAUUGCAACCCAGUUGUAUUUGUUUCACCUACCAAUAGUUUAAAAUAUCUCAAUUCCCAGUUCCCCUUAACUUAUAAAACAAAUGACAUCAAUAGUAAUUAUGUUAUGAAAUCAACAAGAGAAAAUGUUAGUAAAUUUAGUUCAGCUGGUGUGAGUGAUUCUCUUAAAUCACAUACAGCUCGAUCUGAAAUCAAACUCCCACAUCAUUCACAAACGGAAACAUCAUUCACCAAAUGUGCUGAAAUACCAUCAAACAAAAAAUUUCAUUCCCCAGGUUUUUUGAAGUGGCUUUUGGAUCGAUUUCAACAUCUUCGGCUUUCUUGGCGUCCCAGUCACCUGUCAUGCGUUGAAGAUCAGAUUAUGCAUCCUCGGAAAGGUAAGACAUCUCAAGCAAUAAAAACUGCUAAAGAUGAGUAUUAUGUUCCCAGUCAUCCUGCAAAUCAACCACCCCAAAACCAUGCAAUAUCCUACGAUAGCUUUUCUCCUAGCAACUUACGAAGAUGCUUUAGUUUGUCGGAUGGGGGAAAAUCGAAUAAAACUAACGACCAAAUUAUAAAGAACUGCAGUUCACGCAUGGAAGCAUCAUUCUCUUCAGGGAUUUUGAACGCAGAAAUUAACGAUAAAGGUGGCAGAAAACGAUCAAGUUGCCCAAGUAAACAAUUACAUUUGUCCUCUCAAAAAGACAUUCAUGGGAACCAUUCAGUAGCAUCCUUAACUGUUAGCUCAGUAUCUUUUUCGAAAAAUCAUUUUCUAAGUCAAAAUCACGGUAUUAAAUCAGUACCACGUCUAAUUACUUCACCCCCUACUCUGGUGCGUAACUUUUCAAAGAAUGGCUCGAACGUUUCUAUGCAACACAGCGGCCGAACGUCUACUAUGCGAGAUAGUGGGUUUGUAGAAGGACUACAUCGCCCUUUCAUAUCUGGUUCUUUUGUACAAUCUAAUUUUUCGAAAUCCUCCGAAAGUUCCCAUAUGCAUCAUAAUCCUAAAUCAGACAGUUUGCGAAAAGCGUCUAUUAACUCCUCAAAUCUUUGGUGGUACAUAGGAUCCAGCCGCUUGGCACCUUCUAUAAAAGCUUCCAGGCCACAAUUCAUUGCUUCUAAUAAUAUGUGAAUGUUGUUAAGAAAUACCAUUAAAACUAUGCUUUCAAUUUAUUAACUAUCAGUCAAAAGUCACUAAUCCUGUUACACCUUUUAGCAGUUGUAUAUAGUGUUUCUUUGCAUUUAUCAUACUAUUAUGCAUUCAAUAGUUACACUUUUUGUCUUUCCGAGAUUUGAAUAAACCUAUUUUUUGAAUGCGCUCAGAAAUAAACAUGCAAAUUUCGUAAUCAAUAACUCAUGUUUUAACCUCUUAAUUUAAAUUAUUUCGAAGAAACUCCUUUACUGCCAUUUUUAUCUCUGCUUUCUCUUUGCUGCCUUACCAUAACUGUAUUUUUUUAGAAUUGUUUAUUAGAAAUACAACUGAUACAGAU